GCGCGCCCUCUGCGGGAGCCCAAGUCCGAGGUCGGGCCGGAGCGGCCGGCUCACACGAGUGGAGGAGUGCCUGCUCCUGGCGGCCCGUUUCUCCAGUCCGCCAAACCGGCCCCUCUUUCACUUCCCCGGACGACUGCUGACCAGCUCUGCCCCGUAGGGUCUGCCUCUGUGCCUGGCAGGCAGGUAUUGCCCCAGGAAAAUCCGUUAGUCAGAUUUUGUUGCCAUUUAUAGAAGCCUAAAGAUGUGCCAGGUACAUUGUGUCGGCUUGUUACACACAGAGUUUCAUUUGAUGCCCUUGCAAAGGAGGUGUUUGCAUCCUUAUUUUAAUGAUUGAGAAACUGAGACUGGUAGGGCCAGGGUCCCACAGACGCCACACGCUGGGACCCAGAUUUAGCCACGUUGCACCCCCCUUUCAUUCGUCAAAUUAAUUAAGACAUUAAAAUAUUGCAUUCAUUCAUUCAUUCAUAGAGAAACGCUCCUCUCUGACCCAGAGGCUUUUGGGAGGAGAGGCUGCUGGGUGAGGGGCUAUACAGUAAGUAUGACGAUCAGAGGUUUGGAGCUAAGUCCUGGCCUGCCUCUUACCUCUAAUAUUCUGGUAAUAUUGUGCCUCAGUUUCCUAUCCACAAAACAGGAAUCACAAUAAUUCCUGCCUUACCUCCCAGGCUUGUAGUAGGGAGAUGGUGUGGUGCUGUUUUCCAAGUCGGAAAGUUACAUAAAUGUUGGUUAUGAUUCUGCGUGGCGGGAGGGAGAAGGCGGUUGAGCAGUCCUAGGAGGGGCAGGAGGUCCCAGCUCUCUCCUGCUUCCUCCUAAUACCUGUGUUUCUUGAACACUGAUCUGUGCCUGGCUCUGUCAGAAGCUUUUGGUACAUGCUACCUUCUUUUGUCUUCUCUACAGCUCCGUGAGAUUGGUAGUAUCACUCUCAUUUUACACCUGAGAAAACUGGGGCUUGUGCCUACGUCACAGAUCUGGUAAUGGCAGGGCAGAAUUGGAUGUCUUUGGAAGUCCAUCAGUCCUCAUAGCCCACACUCUCAACCAUGAUGCUCUCCUGAGCACGGUUAGGUACCAUCCCCAGGACUCCAUCGGGCUCUUUAUAUAUUAUCUUGUUUUAUCCUUCUUGAAGCAGAAUAGCAUGGGGAGUACAAGAUCCGCUCUGGGGGUUGGAUGUCUGAGUUCCAGUCCUGGCUCUACCACAUACUGUGUGGUCUUCAACAUUUCACUUACUACUUCCUCAUCUGUGAAAUGAGGGUAAUUGUUACCCUCCAAAUGCUUAUUCUAAGGACUCCACAUGCAACCUCUCAUUACAUCCUUACAGUAACCCUGUGAGGUAGGAGGUGCUAAUACCAUUCUUUCCCUUUGUAUUUUAGAGAUUAACAAGGUCAUUGUAUCAGUUGGUGUUUGGCUAACAGAGAUCCCUCAGUUGGAAGUUUGUCCCUCUCCAGUAACUAUUCAGGGUAGGUUCUUCCCACGGGGUCAUCCAGGGACCCAAGUGGGUGAGGCAGCCCUGUCAUCCACAGCAUGGGGCUCUCUCUCUCUGUGCUUGGGGCAUCUGGUCCCUCACCUGCAGCAGUCAAACAGUCAAACGUAGCUCUCCAUGGUGGGAAAAGGAGAGAGUGGAUUUGGGGAGACAACUCUUAGCUGGCUACAAUGAUGUGUGCAAAAGUCUUAACAUUCAGUAAGUUCUCAGUAAAUCAUGGUUAUUAUUGUUACUCGAGUCCCCAUCCUGGUAGGAAGGGUUGGCUUGUGAAAGCAGCAUGUAGCAAGGCAAGGGUAACGAGCAUGCUUACAAAAGGUGAAAACAGUGUGACCAUGGCAUGGGAUCCCCAAUUUUCUCUGAUAUUUGCUGUAAUUGUGCUUUUUUAUUGUUUACAAAUAGAAAGGAAGGUUAUCGUGUUUCAUUAUUUAGCCUUCUUUUAGGGAAACCUAGUGAAAGUGUUAAGUAGGGAACCUUAAUUAUCUUUCAUUUAGCAUUAAUCAUUUCUAAGGGGAGGAAGCACUAUCCUAGUCACCUUUAAGAGAGGGAAGCAGGACACCUAAGAAUUAAAAAGCUGUUCCUGGUCUUGUCUUGAAGCCAUACUGAAGUUCCAUAAACUUCAUGGAUUAAGGCCCAUGUGAGAGGGAAAUGAGGAAGCAUACUCAGGUAUCUGUGCUGGGAUAAUCUCAGAACUGGUUCCCUGAGUUGUCUUGGCUUAAGGGGAAAAAUAACUUAAAAUACUAGAGUUGGAAUGUGGAGCCUGUAGCUGAUUUACACCUAUGGACGCAGGUAGUUUUGUUUUUUCAAUAUAUGAACCUGCUUUGGUUCAUCUUUUCUGACUUCACCUUAUGAACAUCGUAAUAGCCAGCACUUCUGUGCACUAACAAUGUGCCAUAGUGCUUUACAUUAACCCUUUUCAGUCCCUCAACAACCCACUUUUCAGAUAAGGAAACUGAGGCACAGAAAGUUUAAGGAUCUUGCCCAUGGUCCCAGGUGGUAAGUAACAGACACAAGAUUCAAACCUUAGUAAUCUAGCUCUGGAGGCCAUGCUCUUGACCACAGAGGGGUACCACCAGUUACGUUUCUUUAUACAGAAUGAUAUAAAUCUAGGACUGAAGGUAAUUUUCUUCACCUGUCACCCAGAUUGCCUGGCUCCAUUUCUGGUCAUCUUUGCUUUUCCUUGCCUCUGGGGUUUCUGCCUACUGUGUCUGUAUGAUUCUUUUUUUUCCAUUAGUGUGCCUCUCUAGCUGUGAACAGAGUGCUGUGUUAUAUCUAUAAGUGUUAUCCCAGAGGGUCCUCAGGUUGGACAGAUUGAUAACACCUGUUGGACCGUAAUCUUUGUAAGGGAGAGAGUGGUAUGUCAGAAUGCUAGAUGCCUCGGGAAGUAGGGUCUCGUUUUUUCCAGAAGUUAUCCUUGCAACGAGGAAAGGGAAAUUUGAGUUGCAAGGAUACUCAGGACCUUUCCAGCAUGUACAAAGCAUAUUUCUGUGAACCAGCAUGGGUUGUUUGGAAACUGCGAAGAGGCGUAUUAUUCCUAGAGUAUAAAGUAUGAGGGUGACAGAAGGGAGGUCAGUUCACAAUCAUCUCUAAGAAUAUUUUUGUGUGGCAUGCUGAGGAGUUCAGGUAUUAGGAAGGUCACUUUGCAGAAUGGAAGGUGCAUUGGAGGGGCAGGAGUUUGGGCACAGCCCAGAGAAGACCUAGGUAAGAGCCCAGGCAGGAGAUAAGGAGGGUCUGGACCGAAGCAGGGGGAGUGUGAGCAGGGAGGACUGGACCGUUUUGACAGGAGGGAUUGAUGGGGCCUUCUGGUGAUAAAGGACAAGUGGGCAAGACACCCCCCCCCCCCAUUCCAUGCAUCCUAUUUCUGGUUUGUGUAGAUGAUGGUGUCCUAAACUCAGAAACAGUUAUACUCCAGGUGGGGCAGGCUUGGGGCUUGCAUCAGUUUGAGAGUCUUGUGGGAAUUCUUGGUUGAGGCAUUUAACAGGCAUUUGGAUAAAUAAUGUAUUGCUCAGGCAAGACGCCUCCUUGUCAGUAUGGGUUGGAUGGCCAUUCAGGGCUGAAGGCACAAUGUGGACAGACUGGGUAUGACUUGGUACCCAUUCCAGUCAAGCCUCAGCAGGGCAUUGCCGAAUACUUUUCCUGCUCUCUGGGUCCUGCAGAUAUAAAAUGUUUAAAUUGAUAUAUUACAUGUAUACAGAAAAGUACACACCAUACUCUACAACCUGAUGAAUCAUCAUAAAGUGAACACCACCAGACCACCCCUUCUCAUGCCCUCUCUCAAACAAUAUCCUCUCCCCUCCCCCAGCCACCACUGUCCUCAUAGCUAUGGCCACGGGUUAGUUUUGUCUGAUUCUAAACUUAAAUAAAUGGAGUAAAAAAUCAUAUACUUUUGGUUGGGCUUCUUUUGUUCAACAUCAUAUACGGGUGGGGGGGUCACCCACAUUGAGCGCCAUGGUAGUUUGUUGAUUUUCACCGGCAUGCAGGAUGUCAUGACACGAAUAUUCCACAGUUCAUUCACUCACUGUUAACAGACAUUUAUAUCGUCUCCAGGUUGGGUUUAUCACACAUAGUUCCUCUCGUCUAUGUAUUUUAAGGUCCUUGUGUAUGCAUUUCGUUGGGUACGUACCUGGGACAGGAAUCCCUCUGGCUUAGUGUGCAUGUGGUCAGCUGCCAGACAGAUGUGCGAAGCGGCUGUGGCAAAUUACACCCUCACAAGUUUAGGAGAGUCCCAGUGGCUCCACAACAACUGUUAAAUAUUUUCAACGUCAAAUCUUGUAUCAACAGAUAAUUCAACUGAAGAUUUUGAUUUCCCGGGGUGGUGUUUCUCAUCCACGUCAGAAUCUCUUAGGAAGCGUUUUAAGCUUGUAUAGAGUUCUGGAUCCUACCUCAGACCUCCUGAACCACAAUCACUAGGGGUGGGAUAGAGAAGACAAAUCCUGGUCUCAGAGGUUGCUGUGGUGGAUGCUCUGUUGGUGUGUGUGUGUGUGUGUGUGUGUGUGUGUGUGUGUGUGUGUGUGUAAGUAGUUCUAGUGUUGACUGUGGGAUUCAGGCUGGUUGGGGAAGGAAUUGAAGCCAGGAAGGUGGCAAUAAGCUAAAGAAGCUGGUGGGAUCCAAAGACUGGGCACCUGGAUGGUGCUGGGGAUGGGGUCAAUGGGAAGGACUCGGGGAUAUGGGGGAGAGUGGGAGGUUACGGUCAGCAGAAUGUGAACUUUUCAACGGUGGAGCCAUUCCAGGGGAAGAAACUAUUUAGGUACCAACCCAGAUGCUAACGUGCGUGAUCCAACCUACAGUGUUAGUAGAAUAGGCACAGUAACCCACCCAGACAGUGCCAAAUAAGGUGUCCUGUAUAGCACGAGCAGCAGGUGUAACCUGGAUGAGGGAAACGGGGAGCCUCUGCUGUGCAAGAACAGGCACAGCAGAAUCUAGAAUCUGCCUGACAGAAGCAGAACCACUCAGAUAGAAUUGUCUAACAGGAUCCUUCUAUCCUGUUAUCCAUCAUCCUUGCAGGCUGGAAAGUGCUUCCUGAGAAAUUGCCGGGGAAGGAAGAAACACUUCCUGAAUUCACAAGCCUGUUCCCUGGCGCAGGUGACCCACCAACCACACCAGGUGCUCACAAGUAGCAUAGUGUGUGCAGGCCAAGGGCAGAGCCUGACCCUGUGGCUCUCCAGUGAUAUCUAGUAGCCCAUGCAUGGGGGCUAGUGACCUGCAGGGGUGAGGGUUCAGGCACCACCAUUUCAAGCUGUGAUCUUAGCUUCUCAGGGUCUAUUGAGUCACAGCAACUCAGGCUUGUCUUCCCAGCCUGCUGUUCCUACCCGGCCCCUCUGUAUGGAAUAGACCGAGGCAGAUUUCUGAUAGUUUUUCUUCGGGCAGGGGCGCCUUUUCCAGAAAAACAGAGCUGGCUCCUUUUAGCUGCAAGGACUCAGGCUUUAGCGCUCUAGGCUCUUUUCUUGGCUGCCCAUCCCAUACUCUGAGAAUAGUAUUUGUGUGUUCUCCCUCCCUUUCUGUUGCUAGAAAAAAGCCACUUGUUGCUUGCUUGCCUUUUGCUUUGUGUUUUUCUUUUCUGAACUAGCUGCUGGGGCCAGUGCCAAACACAGAGUUCAGCCUUGAAACUGUGGCCAGCUCCAGCGUGUGGUGUCUUGAUGGCCACAAUAUGUUACAUUGAUUCCAUUUUACUUCUUUAUCGACGUGGGUUUCUAUGAGACGUGAGGAACCGUGGCCACGUGCCAGCUUGGCAGUCAUCCCCGAGGACUUGGGGACGUUGCCAGCUUGACAGUUUCACGGCACCACUUCUAUGACUUUGCUUAGCGUUGCCACUUUGUGAUAGUCUCCCAGGUGGGGUGUGUUCACCCCUCUGGCUGGCAAAGAUGAUUCUUUGGAGCACCAUGAAAACACCUACUUUGUACACGAAUGUAUACGUAUUUCAGAUAUUCCUCUAUUUUAUAUGUGCUUUCCAGAACAUCUCUUGUGGUAUCCACUACUUGGCUUCUGUGUUCAUGACAGUGUCCCCCUACCAUACCUGCAGGCCCCCCGGCAACGUGAGUCGGGUUCUUUUCCACAAUAUCUCUAGUUGGAGGUUGGAGGACAUCUGGAUUCUGUUUUUCACAGGCCACGAAGAUCACAUUAUAGUGCAGCUACAGAACGGUGAGGUCUGGGAGCUCACAAGUUGUCACAGAUUCCGGAGGGAUGACAAAUCUGGUUUGAACUAUGAUUACAGUGGCCGUAAGAGUAGCUUUCCUUGCAUGGAUGGCUAUGUCUAUGACAAGAGCAAGUGGGACAGCACCGUGGUGACUCAGUGGGAUCUGGUCUGUAACCGAGAAUGGUUCGCAAAGGUGAUCCAGCCUGUGUUUAUGGUGGGAGUCCUGCUGGGAGCGAUGAUUUUUGGCUACCUUUCUGACAGGAUAGGAAGACGAUUUGUCUUGUGGGCCACAAGCACUGGCAUAUUUUUAUUUGGCCUUGCAGCGGCGUUCUCAUUCGAUUAUUACAGCUUCAUGAUCGCACGCUUUCUUCUCGCUAUGUCUGGAAGUGGCUAUCUCGUGGUGGUGUUUGUCUAUGUGACGGAAUUUAUUGGCAUGAAGUCUCGGACGUGGGCAUGCAUCCAGAUGCAUUCCUUUUUUGCGGUUGGAACAAUGGUGGUGGCUUUGACAGGCUACUUUGUCAGGACCUGGUGGAUCUAUCAGAUGGUCCUCUCCACAGUGACUAUCCCCUUUGUCCUGUGCUGUUGGAUACUCCCAGAGACACCUUUUUGGCUUCUCUCAGAGGGAAGAUGUGAAGAAGCACAAAAAGUAGUUGAUACAAUUGCCAAGUGGAAUAGGGCACGCUCCUGUAAGCUGUCAGAACUGUUGUCACUGGAUCUAAAUGGUCCCGUUGGUAAUGAACCCCUUGAAGUUAAGAAGCACAACCUGUUAGAUCUAUUUUAUGACUGGAAUGUUGGAACAAGGACCCUUACUGUUUGGCUGAUUUGGUUCACUGGGUGUUUGGGAUUCUACUUCUUCUCCUUGAAUUCUGUUAACUUAGGAGGCAAUGAAUAUUUAAACCUCUUCCUCAUGGGUGCAGUGGAAAUUCCUGCCUACAUCUUCAUGUGCUUGGGGAUGGACAGUAUAGGGAGAAGAAAAGUUCUGGUGUUCUCCCUUAUCUCAGGUGCACUGCUCUGUGGUGUCAUUAUGGUGAUCCCCAAGAAUUACUUUAUUUGGACUGUGGUGGUGACCAUGGCUGGAAAGUUUGCCAUAGGGGCAGCGUUUGGCCUCAUUUACCUUUAUACAGCAGAGCUGUAUCCAACCAUGGUAAGGUCGCUGGCCGUGGGAAGCGGCAGCAUGGUGAGCCGCGUGGGAAGCAUCAUGGCCCCGUUCUGCGUUUACCUCUCCAGCAUUUGGAACUUCCUACCACAGUUGCUUGUUGGGAUUUUGGCCUUCAUCAGUGGAGUGCUGUCACUAAUGCUUCCAGAAACCAUGGGAAGGCCUCUGGCAACGACUUGGGAGGAAGCUGCUAAACAGGAUACAGAAAAAGAUAGUUCAGGCAAAUUAUUUCCCACAACCAAUAAUACUGCGUUGGAAAAAAUAGAAGUGAUUGACUCAGGGGUUUCUGGUCUUAGUGAAUAAACGUGCCGUAUGUGCCGUCUAGCACCUGAAAUAUUGUUUACUUUCAUGACUUUGUAUUCGAGGAAUAUUAUUCUCAUCUCCUGAAUGUGAUUUGUAUGUGUCUUUUAAAAAUUUUUUGUAAGAAAGUCUUAAAAUGAUAAUUUUGUAAAAGUAAAAGAAAUAAAACCAAGAUGAGAAUUCUCA